AUGGGGACCCGCCGCCAUCGCGGUAGCGCUGGCAUGAUCUUCUCCGUCCGCCAACUGCAGGAGAAGUGUCAGAAGAGGCAGAUCUAUCUCUACUCUACCCUCGUGAAUCCGACGACGGUGAAUCGCGAAGGACUGUGGAAAAUCAUGCAGAAAUUCGACGGUCCGGAGCGAUUCAUUCAGAUGGCGCGUCAGCUUCACGAGGGCAUAACGGCGCGCGUCACGGGUAAUGCAGCCGUCUUAGAGGCAUUCGCAAUAACCAACGGAGUGAAGCAGGGCUGCGUCCUUGGCCUCAUACUCACGGUCAUGCUAAUAAACGCCUAUUGUGAAAGCUGCACCGGGAUUCGCGUCGCCUACAGAACGGAUGGCCAGCUCCACAGUCAGCGGCGGAUGCAGUUCCAGUCGCAUGUGCUCACAACUUCCGUCCAUGAACUUCUGUUCGCCGACGACUGCAGCCUAAACGCCACUUCCUAA